AAAUUAUAGAAAUAAAGAGAUUUAUUCAUCUGUAAGAGAAGGAGCACAGCUGUAGCCAACUGCGCCACCACCCGAUUGAUGAGAGAAUUCUUAACUAAUUCAUUUCUCAAAUGACAGGGGUUCUGUCGUUACCGUUGUUGAUUACUUGUUGCAACUCCUUUGACUUAAACUCGGGAGGUAGUGGUAGUAGAUUAACAUGAGCAAUCAUCUGAUAAUCCUGGGUGCUUCCCUUCUCUUGCUUAUUUUCCCUGAUGGAAUUCAGGGAAAUUAUGAUCGGACCUAUAUGCAGCAGAUUUUAGGCUCAGCCCAACAAGAUAAAGAUUGGUUAGUAUCCAUCAGGAGACAAAUCCAUGAAAACCCAGAACUCAGAUUUGAAGAACACAACACCAGUGCUCUUAUUCGCAGGGAACUUGACAGACUCGGCAUCUCUUAUGAAUACCCACUUGCCAAAACCGGCGUCGUCGCCCAAAUUGGUUUCGGUUCUCGGCCCGUCGUUGCUCUCCGGGCCGACAUGGACGCUCUUCCCUUGCAAGAGCUGGUUGAGUGGGAGCACAAGAGCAAAAUUGAUGGUAAAAUGCAUGGAUGUGGACACGAUUCCCACACUACAAUGCUCCUCGGUGCUGCCAAGCUGCUUAAUGAGCGUAAACACAAACUUAAGGGAACUGUGCGACUGCUUUUCCAACCAGCAGAGGAGGGAGGUGCUGGUGCAUCUCAUAUGAUAGAAGAAGGUGCACUAGGUGAUGCUGAAGCAAUAUUCGCAAUGCACAUAGGUACUGAAUUACCCACUGGAAGCAUAUCGUCCCUAUCAGGUCCAGUCUUAGCUGCUGUGUCCUUCUUUGAAGCUAAAAUUGAAGGCAAAGGUGGCCAUGCUGCAGAGCCCCAUACAAAUGUGGAUCCAAUACUUGCUGUAUCAUUUGCAACUCUGGCGUUGCAACAGCUCAUCUCAAGAGAAGUUGAUCCCCUCCAUAGUGAAGUGCUAUCUGUUACUUAUGUCAAAGGCGGAACUGCCAUAAAUGUAAUUCCAUCAUAUGUUGAAUUUGGGGGCACUUUGAGGAGUCUAACGACUGAGGGUUUGCAUCAACUCCAGCGGAGAGUGAAAGAGGUUAUUGAAGGCCAGGCAGCUGUGCACAGAUGUACCGCAUACAUUAACAUGGAAAAUUAAGGCUACCCAGCAUAUCCUGCAGUUUUGAAUGAUGAAAGCUUGAAUUCGCAUGUUCAGAGGAUUGGUAGUCUUCUUCUUGGUCCUGAGAAUGUGAAGAUGGGUGAGAAGUUGAUGGCUGGUGAGGACUUCGCGUUCUAUCAAGAAGUGAUUCCUGGAAUCAUGCUCAGCAUUGGAAUUAGAAAUGAAAAAUUAGGUUCAAUUCACUCCCCCCACUCACCUCACUUCUUUCUUGAUGAAGAUGUUCUUCCAGUUGGAGCAGCAUUACACACAGCUCUUGCAGAGACUUAUCUGAAUGAGCAUCAACAGUCUGUUGAACAGUAAGUAAUUAAAGGUCACAAGCACAAUGGAUGAAAUGAACAACUAAAUGCUGCUUUAUGUCCAUAUUGCCUGGGAGGAAAAGCAAAUAUUUGAAGGGGGACUCAAAUGUAAUCAUGCUUGAUUAUUGCACUGUCCAUUGAAUUGAACUGAAAUGAAUUCUACCAUGAAAAUUAUUCCAAAGGGGGUGAAGGAACUUCUUUUUUAAAAAAUUUUAAUUGACUAGAGUAACUUGGAGAUUAUUGAUCCUACAAAGCAAUGUUCAUACUCCAUUUGUUUUUAAUUUAAAAGAACUUGCAGUCGGCUGUAAUGUAAUGGUACAGUCAAAUUUUCUAUUGAAAUUCAAUAGAAAACUUGAUUGCAUUACGGUGUACUAAUAAAUACACUGUCAAGUUAUCAAAAUUCACAACAAUGUAAUCUCCAAA